UUUCAAAUUGUUAACAACACAGACGGAUUAAGAACUUUUUCAACUAAGAAAAAACAUUUAGAAUUCUUAAAAAAAGAAGAACAUUAUUUUUUUUUUUUUUUGAAAUACGCAAAAGUGUUUUUGUCUGGUGAUUAAAUAAAACGGCUUAUUAAAAAGCUACUCCUAAAGAAAAAAGGAUUAUUAAAGGAUUAAGAAAGAUUUGGAAUAUUAUUGAAAAUUUCUACAAAAAUUACAAGAAGUUUUUGCAGCAGCUGCUAUUACAAUGGAUUUGAUGCACCUUAUACCCUAUGCAACUCUCUUGCUCUGCCUGCUCUUUACCCUCAUCGCUGAAACUUCAGCUCGGGCAUUUACAGAUUUGGAUACAUUUAUUUCAACACCCGUCGAUAUUGAUGAUCGUUUCAAUGAUGAAUACUUUGCCAACUAUCAGACUCGUUCAGUAGCUCCCAAAGAUUCUCUAUUAAAUCGUCUAAGACGUGGUUACUACUACAUUGAUGAUGGUGAAAUAACACCCGUUAAUCCUACAGACAUACAAACCGGCCGCAGACGUCAAGAUACUGGAGAUUCUAAUGAAUCAGAUCAGAAUGGUGUAAAAUAUACACCAUUAUUGCAUUAUCAUCAAACUCAUGCCAAACGCAAGAAGUUGUUUGUUCCCAAUUUCUUUGGUUAAAAAGUUGGUAUCGGUAAAAAAAAGAGAGCGAAUUUUUUCAUUCCUGUUGUGCGGGAGUUACGGAAAAGUUUCGGUUGCUUGUGAAAGAGAGUACAGACUGGGAAAAAAUGUUAUUGUAUAUAUGUGUUAAUACUUAUUAUCAGUAUUUUAGUUGUUAAGCUAAUAUUAAGUUACAUUUUAAUUAAGUUUAAAAAAAAUCAUAUGUAGCUGGUUUACUUUACCAAGAAAAAAAUGUUAAAAUUAAGUAACUGGUUUACUAAAAAAUCUCAAUAGUUUAUAAAUAUAUGUUUAAGAAAUAUUAUUUUAAU